AGCACAGCACUCAGCCAGCUUCUGAAGCUUCUGGGCCCUGCAGUCCCAGCUCUGUGCAAACCUAACCCCAAGCAACACCAUGAAGCUCUGCGUGUCUGCCCUCUCUCUCCUCCUGCUCGUGGCUGCCUUCUGUGCUCCAGGGUUCUCAGCACCAAUGGGCUCUGACCCUCCCACUUCCUGCUGUUUCUCUUACACCUCCCGGCAGCUUCAUAGAAGCUUUGUGAUGGAUUACUAUGAGACCAGCAGUCUUUGUUCCAAGCCAGCUGUGGUAUUCCUGACCAAAAGAGGCAGACAGAUCUGUGCUAACCCCAGCGAGCCCUGGGUCACUGAGUACAUGAACGACUUGGAGUUGAACUGAGUAGCUCCAGAGGCAGGGCCACUUCAGGAGAGGCCUCCUCAGCCCUGAUGCUUCUCACUGAGAAGCGCCCUUGCUCCUCACAUUCAGAUUUCCUGCCCCUCUUCUUAAUUUAAAUCACUGUGUAGACUUUGUUUUAUUUUGUUUUGUUUUUUGGGGAGAGUAUUAUUUCUAUUAUUUAUGUUUUAGUUACAGGACACGUGUCUCCCAUGGAGAUGGUCCACCAUUGUUGUUUCUCUGCUAUUGUGGAUAUGACUGUGUAAUUGAUUUCAUGCAUUUUCAUAAUAAAUCUUUCUUUAAGAUAUA